AUGACUUCCACCGUCGUCCUCAUCACUGGCGGCAACCGGGGUAUUGGGGAAGGUCUAGUCGGCCGAUUCCUAGCCCAACCACACCACACCGUCAUAGCCGCCGUGCGCAAUCCCGAGCACCCCACUUCCCAGUCCCUAGCCAACCUCACCCGCGGGACCGGGAGCACGCUCAUCACGAUCCGGUAUGAUGCGGGUGAAGAAGCGAGCGCAGCAGCUGUCGUCGACGAGCUCCAGUCCAAGCACGGUGUUGACCAUCUGGACACAGUGGUCGCAAACGCAGGCAUCUCGCGUGACUGGCCGCUGGUCAAGGAUGUGAAGCUGGCUGUCAUUGAGGAGCAUGUGAGGGUGAAUGUGUUGGGUGUCAUUGCUCUGUACCAGGCAACGCGAGACUUGCUCCAAAAGUCUAAGAACCCGAUUUUCGCUCCCAUGGGGUCGUCUGGGGGCUCGCUAGGCAAUCAACCUCCCGUUCCCAGCGCCUCAUAUGCUGGCUCCAAGUGCAUGCUCAAUUGGUACGGCGUGCGUAUCCACGGCGAAGACGAGUGGCUCACUAGCAUUAUCCUCGACCCGGGAUGGACCAAGACCGACAUGGGCUGGCGGGCCGCCGAGGUGUUCGGGAACUUCGGGUUUAGCGAGCCUUGGGUUGAGCUAGAGGAUUCCAUUAACGGAUUGUUCAAGGUGUUGACGACAGCAACGAGAGAGAAGUGGGGUGGGAAGUUUGUCGCGUAUACUGGGGAAAUUCAAGCCUGGUGA